AUGUGGCAGUUGAUUGAAAAUUCAAAUCAUUUGGCUAUUUUUUUGAUCAUUGGUAGUAAUACAAUUACAGUAUUUGUUGAUGCAAACGAAUUAAUACGUUGUUGUACGAAUGGAAGACAAUAUUUUGAGCAGACAUCAACUUGCAAUAAUAUCAGACUUGACGAAACAAAAGUUAGCUGUAUUUUGACAGCAUCAAUCUGUUGCAUAAAUACAUUAAUGGAACAAAGUUGUGGUAAUGGGGUUAAGAAAGCUAAGCAAGAAAAUUACUGUUCAUCUAAUACUGAUCAAAUUGAUGGAGUAAUCCAUAAGGAAUGUUGUGAAUGUUGUUUAUUAGCUAAAGAGCUGCUACUAGAGAGAAAAAACUGUACACCUCCUGAUGGAGUUAACUGGGCAUGCUUACGUUCUUUCCAUCAGUGUUGUUCACAAAAUAUGAGAUCAGAAUUUGAUUUGCAGAUUCCAACUUAUGAAAAUUUUGUAAGCACUGGUGAUGGUUGCACAAGAGCAAAAUGUGAGCAUUUUUGCAAGAAUCGAGGCAGUGCCGGAGUAGAAUGCUCUUGCCGUGCUGGAUACGAAUUGGCAUCGGAUGGUUACUCUUGUAUUGACAUUGAUGAAUGUUUGCUGCUGGCGGAUGAUUGUUCAGAGAGUCAGCGGUGUUUGAACACUCCUGGUUCGUUUAAAUGCAUACGUACAUUAUCUUGUGGUACUGGAUAUGCACUGGAUAGUGAUACUGAACAAUGCAUUGAUGUGGAUGAAUGCAGUCUUGGUUCUCAUGAUUGUGGACCUUCAUAUCAUUGUCGUAAUACACAAGGUAGCUAUCGAUGUGAUCCGAAAAAAUGCGAUGAUAGUGAGUUAAUGAAUCCAAGAACUGGUGAAUGCACUAAAAUUGACUGUCCUGUUGGGUAUAAACCGAUUCGAGGCCGUUGUGAAGAUGUAAAUGAAUGUCAGAUGCCUGGACAGUGUCGAAAUUUUGAGGAAUGUAUCAACACUCCUGGAUCAUUUCAGUGCCAGGAUCGAACAAAUCUUUGCGCUAAUGGCUAUCGGAUGGAUCGAGAUACUGGAUUUUGCAUAGAUAUUAAUGAGUGUACCGAAGGUUCUCAUUUGUGUGGUGAUAAACAAUGCAUCAAUCUUUUGGGAAGUUAUAAAUGUCGCUGUUCAGCAGGUUUUGAAUUCAAUGAAACGACAAAACGCUGCGAAGAUGUAGAUGAAUGCAAGAAGUUCAAAGGGCAUGUUUGUUCAUUACAUGCUACUUGUGAGAAUACUUUUGGUUCAUUUCGAUGUCAUUGUCAAGAUGGCUUCAUUAUUGCAAGUGAUGCACGAAGCUGUGAAGGUUUGAGUAAAGUAACAGAUUUAAUCACUACUCAUAGCUCCAUAGCAAAUGCAACUAUUCCAACCUUUGACAUAGCAGAUAUUGAUGAAUGUCGACUUGGUAUAGCUCGUUGUGCACAGAAGUGUAUUAAUAUACCAGGGAGUUAUCAGUGUGUUUGUGAACGGGGUUAUCGUCUGGGUGCUGAUGGAAUUACUUGCGAAGAUAUUGAUGAAUGUACUCUUUGGGCUGGUUCAGGUGAUGAUCUUUGCAUGGGCACUUGCACAAAUACACCUGGUUCUUACAAAUGUAAUUGUCCUUCUGGCUAUGAAAUUGAGGAAGAUGGUAGAACGUGUAAAGAUAUUGAUGAGUGUAGUUUGGGUAAAUGUCAAGGCAAUGAUCAAAUUUGUGUUAAUACAUUAGGAAGUUUCAAAUGUCAUAUAAUACGUUGCCCACCAAAUUAUAUACACGACAAAAACUAUAAAAACCGUUGUAACCGAUUGAAUCACUUAUGUGAUUCAUUAACUCAAGAAGAAUGUAAAAAUCAUGCAGUACGCAUAAGUUGGGAGUUUACAUCAAUACCAAGACAAGAGCCAAUUUCUUCGAGACGAACAUCUAUUACAUUAUUUACUAUUCGUGGCCCAUUAUCAUCUUCAAGCAGUGUGCAAUUCGAAUUAAAGCUCAAAAGUGCUAUACCAGAAAAAAACCAUGUGAUACCAGCAGUUCGCAGUAACUUUCUCUUACAGAAAAGUGGAGAAAGAAAUGGAGCAAUAAUUGCUUUAAGGGAUUCGUUGGAUGGACCACAAGAAAUCACUUUAGAACUUAUUCUAAGACUUAGCACUAAUGGUGUAUUUCAAAGUAAAUAUGUAGCUAUUUUAGUAAUUAAUGUUUCUUCUGAUCGUAGACAGCGAAUUACUUCACUUUCUGAAAAUUUGAAUUGGAAGGAUGAUUAUCUCACUGUUUAUCUUUGUUUUCUAACAAUGAUCGACUUAUUUGACUUAUUUGGGUUUUGGGUUUUUUUUUCUCUAUCGUAUUUCACUGAUCAAUUCUAGGA